GGACUCUCUCUCUCUCUCUCUCUCUCUCUCUCUCUCUCUCUCUCCCUCUGUUACCCGCCACGCCAACGGACUCUCUCUCUCUCUCUCUCUCUCUCUCUCUCUCUGUGACUCUCCAUCAUUUCCCUCUCUGUGCAGCGUGUGUCUCUGAUUGCGAGGAGAAGAAGCAACCGACGAUGCGCGAGCUAGGGCUUGAGGAUCAGAGUCGGCACUCUGGAGCUCGAGAUCUAAGCCCCGACUCUGGCAUCUUCACCGUCGAAUCCAGUGUUAGCCUCUUCUCCUCCGCUUCCGCCAGCGUCGAUCGCUGCUCUUUCGCCUCCGAUGUUCACGACAGCGACUCUCUCGUCUCUGAAGUUUCUCAGGUUACUCUGAACAAGGUUUUGUUGGUAGGUACUAAAACAAGUACUUAUAUUGGACAGCCAGUGGUGCCAAAUGCAGCUGUACAUGCUGUAGUUGAGGAGCAGGGAACAAUUAAAGCAGAGUCCAGGCAAGAAGGCGACAGUCGGGAACCACCAAAGGAGACUAGCAAUAGGGGACUUGACCCGCUGGCUAAGAGAGCUGAAGGGCGAAGCAUCAUAGGAGUUAGAGGAUCUGCAAGACAGAAGACAAUUAGAGUGUUCUAGCAGGGGAGUACCAGAUGUGGGGCCUAGCAGUAGUGGUUUAUUGUGUGUGUACGUGGAGCCGCUCAAGAUAAAAGAUGUCUGGGAGUCUGUUGAGUUUUAUAGUGUUUUCUCAAUUUAAAUCUAUUUUAUAUUUCAGUUGAGGGAUUGUCCCUCAGACAGAGUUUAUGGCUUUCAGUC